AUGGACGUGGACAUGGACGUGGACGUGGACGUGGACGUGGACAUGGACGUGGACAUGGACGUGGACGUGGACGUGGACAUGGACGUGGACGUGGACAUGGACGUGGACAUGGACGUGGACGUGGACGUGGACGUGGACGUGGACGUGGACAUGGACGUGGACAUGGACGUGGACAUGGACGUGGACAUGGACGUGGACAUGGACGUGGACGUGGACGUGGACAUGGACGUGGACGUGGACGUGGACGUGGACAUGGACGUGGACAUGGACGUGGACAUGGACGUGGACGUGGACAUGGACGUGGACGUGGACGUGGACAUGGACGUGGACGUGGACGUGGACGUGGACGUGGACGUGGACGUGGACAUGGACGUGGACAUGGACGUGGACGUGGACGUGGACGUGGACGUGGACGUGGACGUGGACGUGGACGUGGACGUGGACGUGGACGUGGACAUGGACGUGGACGUGGACGUGGACAUGGACGUGGACGUGGACGUGGACAUGGACGUGGACGUGGACGUGGACAUGGACGUGGACGUGGACGUGGAGGACGUGGACAUGGACGUGGACGUGGACGUGGACAUGGACGUGGACGUGGACGUGGACGUGGACAUGGACGUGGACGUGGACGUGGACGUGGACAUGGACGUGGACGUGGACGUGGACGUGGACGUGGACAUGGACGUGGACGUGGACGUGGACGUGGACAUGGACGUGGACGUGGACGUGGACGUGGACGUGGACGUGGACGUGGACGUGGACGUGGACGUGGACGUGGACGUGGACAUGGACGUGGACGUGGACGUGGACGUGGACGUGGACAUGGACGUGGACGUGGACGUGGACGUGGACAUGGACGUGGACGUGGACGUGGACGUGGACGUGGACGUGGACGUGGACGUGGACGUGGACGUGGACGUGGACAUGGACGACGACGUGGACGUGGACAUGGACGUGGACGUGGACGUGGACGUGGACGUGGACAUGGACGUGGACGUGGACGUGGACAUGGACGUGGACGUGGACGUGGACGUGGACGACGUGGACAUGGACAUGGACGUGGACGUGGACGUGGACGUGGACAUGGACGUGGACAUGGACAUGGACGUGGACGUGGACGUGGACGUGGACGUGGACAUGGACGUGGACGUGGACGUGGACAUGGACGUGGACGUGGACGUGGACAUGGACGUGGACGUGGACGUGGACAUGGACGUGGACAUGGACGUGGACGUGGACGUGGACAUGGACGUGGACGUGGACGUGGACAUGGACGUGGACGUGGACGUGGACGUGGACGUGGACGUGGACAUGGACGUGGACGUGGACGUGGACGUGGACAUGGACGUGGACGUGGACGUGGACGUGGACAUGGACGUGGACGUGGACGUGGACGUGGACAUGGACAUGGACGUGGACGUGGACGUGGACGUGGACGUGGACGUGGACAUGGACGUGGAGUGGACGUGGACAUGGACGUGGACGUGGACGUGGACGUGGACGUGGACGUGGACGUGGACGUGGACGUGGACGUGGACGUGGACGUGGACGUGGACGUGGACGUGGACGUGGACAUGGACGUGGACGUGGACGUGGACAUGGACGUGGACAUGGACGUGGACAUGGACGUGGACAUGGACGUGGACGUGGACGUGGACAUGGACGUGGACGUGGACGUGGACAUGGACGUGGACGUGGACGUGGACAUGGACGUGGACGUGGACGUGGACGUGGACAUGGACGUGGACGUGGACAUGGACGGACAUGGACGUGGACAUGGACGUGGACGUGGACGUGGACAUGGACGUGGACAUGGACGUGGACAUGGACGUGGACGUGGACAUGGACGUGGACAUGGACGUGGACAUGGACGUGGACGUGGACGUGGACGUGGACAUGGACGUGGACGUGGACGUGGACGUGGACGUGGACAUGGACGUGGACGUGGACGUGGAGGACGUGGACGUGGACGUGGACGUGGACGUGGACGUGGACAUGGACGUGGACAUGGACGUGGACGUGGACGUGGACGUGGACGUGGACAUGGACGUGGACGUGGACAUGGACGUGGACGUGGACGUGGACGUGGACGUGGACGUGGACAUGGACGUGGACAUGGACGUGGACGUGGACAUGGACGUGGACGUGGACGUGGAGGAUGGACGUGGACAUGGACGUGGACGUGGACGUGGACGUGGACGUGGACGUGGACGUGGACGUGGACAUGGACGUGGACAUGGACGUGGACGUGGACGUGGACGUGGACAUGGACGUGGACGUGGACGUGGACAUGGACGUGGACGUGGACGUGGACGUGGACGUGGACAUGGACGUGGACGUGUGACGUGGACGUGGACGUGGACGUGGACAUGUGGACAUGGACGUGGACAUGGACGUGGACAUGGACGUGGACAUGGACGUGGACGUGGACGUGGACAUGGACGUGGACGUGGACGUGGACGUGGACAUGGACGUGGACGUGGACGUGGACGUGGACAUGGACGUGGACGUGGACGUGGACGUGGACGUGGACGUGGACGUGGACGUGGACGUGGACAUGGACGUGGACAUGGACGUGGACGUGGACGUGGACGUGGACAUGGACGUGGACGUGGACGUGGACGUGGACGGACGUGGACGUGGACAUGGACGUGGACGUGGACGUGGACGUGGACGUGGACGUGGACGUGGACGUGGACGUGGACGUGGACGUGGACGUGGACGUGGACGUGGACGUGGACAUGGACGUGGACGUGGACAUGGACGUGGACGUGGACGUGGACGUGGACGUGGACGUGGACGUGGACGUGGACGUGGACAUGGACGUGGACGUGGACGUGGACGUGGACGUGGACGUGGACAUGGACGUGGACGUGGACGUGGACGUGGACGUGGACGUGGACGUGGACGUGGACGUGGACGUGGACGUGGACGUGGACGUGGACGUGGACAUGGACGUGGACGUGGACGUGGACGUGGACGUGGACGUGGACAUGGACGUGGACGUGGACGUGGACAUGGACGUGGACAUGGACAUGGACGUGGACGUGGACGUGGACGUGGACAUGGACGUGGACGUGGACGUGGACGUGGACGUGGACGUGGACGUGGACAUGGACGUGGACGUGGACGUGGACGUGGACAUGGACGUGGACAUGGACAUGGACGUGGACGUGGACGUGGACGUGGACGUGGACGUGGACGUGGACGUGGACAUGGACGUGGACGUGGACGGACGUGGACGUGGACAUGGACGUGGACGUGGACGUGGACGUGGACGUGGACGUGGACGUGGACGUGGACGUGGACGUGGACGUGGACGUGGACGUGGACAUGGACGUGGACGUGGACGUGGACGUGGACGUGGACGUGGACAUGGACGUGGACGUGGACGUGGACGUGGACGUGGACGUGGACGUGGACGUGGACGUGGACGUGGACGUGGACGUGGACGUGGACGUGGACAUGGACGUGGACGUGGACAUGGACGUGGACAUGGACGUGGACGUGGACAUGGACGUGGACGUGGACGUGGACGUGGACGUGGACGUGGACGUGGACAUGGACGUGGACGUGGACGUGGACGUGGACGUGGACGUGGACGUGGACGUGGACGUGGACAUGGACGUGGACGUGGACGUGGACAUGGACGUGGACGUGGACAUGGACGUGGACGUGGACUGGACGUGGACAUGGACGUGGACAUGGACGUGGACGUGGACGUGGACAUGGACGUGGACGUGGACGUGGACGUGGACGUGGACGUGGACGUGGACGUGUGGACGUGGACAUGGACGUGGACGUGGACGUGGACAUGGACGUGGACAUGGACGUGGACAUGGACGUGGACAUGGACGUGGACAUGGACGUGGACAUGGACGUGGACGUGGACAUGACGUGGACGUGGACGUGGACGUGGACGUGGACGUGGACAUGGACGUGGACGUGGACAUGGACGUGGACAUGGACGUGGACGUGGACGUGGACGUGGACGUGGACAUGGACGUGGACAUGUGA